ACAUCAGUGGCAGCAGUUUCAUCAGAAUUCAACUGGAACGUUCUAGGUGAGAAUUCUGUCGUUUGCUGCCAGUGAUGGCUUCAGAAAAAGAUACCAGUCCUGCCUUACCCAAACUGGACAACAGGUCCACAGCAGGAAACUCAUCCAAGCGUGUCAAUAGAUUCUGGUUAACUCAAGGUUUCCUUUCUCCUUGUCUAAUCUUUAGGUGUGAGGACAUUCACUUGCCCAAGUUCUCACUAAAGCAAGGGAUGAUCCCGACACGUUACGUUAUGCCUUGGAAAGAAAACAUGAAAUUCAGGAGGGUGAACCUGAAGCAAGCAGAAGCUUGUGGCAUCUAUUCUGGCUCCUUGGAAGACUCUCUGUUCUGGGGUUACAGCGAGCGCCUUUGUCAUGGGGAAGAUCGGAAAGCCGUCCUGAAAAAGGGCCCGCCCGAGAUAAAGAUUGCCGACAUGCCUUUGCAUUCGCCGCUCUCCAGGUUUCAGAGCACAGUGAUCUCCCAUGGCUUCAGGAGGCGACUGGUCUGAUGUGCGUACCUCUAAGGGUCUUAGGGCGGUUGUUGUUCGCUGUGCUUGCCUGACACACAAGUGCCUCAGGGUGUGAACCCCAUUCCUACUGAAAAGAAUAAAAUCAUAAAGUAGUUCAACCUCUUGCCCUCCCUUGGUUUUGGUGUUUUCAGUUCAUUGCAUUUUGCCUACAAGUGUGAUCUAUGUAACGAUUGUAAGUCAAUAGCAUGAGACUCACAGCCAAACAUUGGGCGGAGCGCAGAGAGCCUUGUGGAAGAGUGCGAGGAAGGCUAGAAGGACCCGGAGGGGACAGGAGCUCCAUAAGAAGACCAACAGAGCCAGACCGUGGUGGUGCACUCCUUUAAUCCCAGCACUUGGGAGGCAGAGGC